UCCCACAACCUAUCUGAUCUAUGAGGCAAUAUAUCAACGCAGACAUUCACUGCUGGGCUCAUUUCCAUUCUGAGUAUCGUUCAUAGACAAUCCGAUGAACUACAUUUUGAAUUCAGAACUUUCUAUUUUUUCUACAUGGACUCUGAAGAGUAUUAUUGUUUGACAUCAUUGUGGACUUGAUGCUUUUUCAUUUUUUUUCAUAACAUCAAUUUCAAUUGAAACCUUAUGCUGUGCAUAUCUGGGACAUCAUGGCACUUACAACUACAGAAAGUAUUUCGAUUUGUUAUCAAGUAAUCUUGUUCGCGGUUGGCGUUCCUGGCAAUCUCCUCAUCAUCUUAACAUACUGCAAGCGACAGCAGCGAACGAGCAGCGGUGUCUUCAUCAUCGCCCUUGCCUUGGCCGAUCUCGGCGUCUGUCUCAUGAGCCCAGUCGUCAUCUAUAACUACAUCGUCUACUACGACUAUCCCAGCAAUUCCUUCUGCAAGUUUCGUUACUACACCAACCACGGAUUGAUAUACGUUUCGCGGUUUCUCACUAUCGCCGUGGCUAUCGAACGAUACCUUGCCGUCUGCAAGCCGAUGUCGAAACGCAUCCCGCCGAAAUACGCUGCAGUAAUCUCAGCACUAUGUGUUCCCAUUGGAUAUAUCAUGACGAUUCCAAUAGCUAUUGCAUUCCGUACCCUUGAGCUGCCGGGUAAUCGUACGAUCUGUUACCCUGACACGUCCGAUCCUGCUAUCAAGUGGGUUCUGCGGGUAAGCUUCCCAAUCACAUUCUUAGGGGGUCUUCUCGUGGUCGUUGUCUGCUAUGCCAACAUCUAUCUGGUCAUCAGAAGACAGAUGCGUCUUCGAGCCCGUAUGAAGGGAGGACCAGGAAAGACAAGUGGCGUCGUGUCUAAAGCCACAGAGGACACAGCUACGACUGCGUCUUCGGACCGGGGCACCGUUCAGACAUCUUUUGACGGACGGUCCAACCAAGAGGAGAGUGAGGAGACAAUGAGUGGUCUCCAUCAUCAAGGGGUAGUCCUCGCCGUAGUGGGAAACAAGAAUGACGAGAGUGUGAACGUUGUUACCCAGCCAAAGAGUGGAGCCGAUACCGACAAACCUAGCUCAUCUACAAGGGAGCAGCAUGCACAGGAUAACGAUGGCGUCGACUCUUCUGAGAAAGUGCCAACCUCCUUCAACUGCUGUAGGAAGACCACAAAAUCAAGAUCAAAAUCCAACUCAGGAUCGAUGGACAGCACGACGAAGAUGUUGCUCAUCGUCACUGUGGUGUACUUCGUCUCGUUUCUUCCACAGUUCAUCACCAUCAUAAUCCCCAAGGAAGCCAUGAAACUGUUCAAAACAAACCACAAAAUCGGCUACGAGAUUUUCGCCUUUGUUCGUCGCUUGAUCACCAUCAAUCACAUCAUCAACCCGUUCGUGUACGGUUUUGUCAACAUUCGCUUCAGGAAGGAUUGCAAAGCAACAAUGCUUGGACUGCUGGACAAGGGUUGUAGGUGUUGUGGGCUUCAGUCUAAAUCUUAA